GUCCCUGUGGAGCGGUGCCAGAGCCGCCGGAGCUGACCGCAUCCUUUCUCAAGGACGAACGAACAGCUGCUUCAAGAUGAAGUGCCAGAGAAUUCUAACCUGCCUGCGGAUAUUUGGGACCACCAUGUUUGGCGUGUCCCUGCUGGUGGGAAUCACCACAGCCUACAUCAUGGGCUACCAGUUCUUCACCACAGCCCGCAAUCAUCUAUCCUUUGGCCUUUACGGCGCCAUCUUGGUCAUCCACCUCAUCAUUCAAAGCCUCUUUGCGCUCCUGGAACACCGAAACAUGCGGCGGUCCUUGGAGACGCCCAUCAAACUCACCAAAUCCUUGGCGCUGUGCAUCGCAGCGUAUCAAGAGGAUCCAAACUACCUGAGGAAAUGCUUGGUGUCCGUGAGGAGGCUGACAUACCCAGGGAUCAAAGUGAUCAUGGUGAUCGAUGGGAACUCAGAAGAUGACUUGUACAUGAUGGAUAUUUUCAAAGAGAUCAUGGGAUGGGACAAAUCGGCCACGUACGUGUGGCGGAGUAACUUUCACCACAGAGGGCCCGAGGAGACGGAUGAGAGCUACGCCGAAGGCCUGCAGCAGAUCUCAAAACUGGUGCUAAACAACAAGUGUGUGUGCAUCAUGCAGAAGUGGGGCGGGAAGAGGGAGGUCAUGUACACAGCCUUCAAAGCACUUGGGAGGAGCGUGGACUAUGUGCAGGUGUGUGACUCUGACACCAUGUUGGACCCAGCAUCAUCAGUCGAGAUGGUGAAGGUUCUGGAAGAAGAUCCGAUGGUGGGAGGCGUUGGAGGAGAUGUACAGAUCCUGAACAAAUACGAGUCGUGGAUCUCCUUCCUGAGCAGUGUGAGGUACUGGAUGGCCUUCAACAUUGAGCGGGCAUGCCAAUCCUACUUUGGUUGUGUACAGUGCAUUAGCGGGCCUUUAGGAAUGUACCGGAACUCUCUCCUGCAUGAGUUUGUUGAAGACUGGUACAAUCAGACUUUCAUGGGAUCCCACUGCAGUUUUGGGGAUGACCGCCAUCUCACAAACAGAGUUUUAAGUCUCGGAUAUGCAACCAAAUAUACUGCACGAUCAAAGUGCCUCACUGAGACGCCGGUCACGUACUUGCGGUGGCUCAACCAACAGACUCGUUGGAGUAAGUCAUACUUCAGAGAGUGGCUUUACAACUCCCUGUGGUUCCACAAACACCAUUUAUGGAUGACUUAUGAGGCCGUGAUCACGGGCUUCUUCCCGUUUUUCCUCAUUGCCACUGCAAUCAAACUCUUCUACCAAGGAAGACUCUGGAAUAUUUUCUUGUUUCUACUCAUUGUGCAGGCGGUGGCACUGAUCAAGUCGUCAUUCGCCAGCUGCCUUAGAGGUAACAUUGUCAUGGUAUUCAUGUCAUUCUACUCCGUACUGUACAUGUCAAGCCUGUUGCCUGCCAAGAUGUUUGCAAUACUAACAAUCAACAAGUCUGGAUGGGGGACCUCUGGGAGGAAAACAAUAGUGGUGAACUUCAUCGGCUUGAUUCCUAUAUCAGUUUGGUUCACCAUCCUCUUCAUUGGGAUUCUCUACACAACAAUCCUGCAGUUUAAGAAGCCCUUUCCUGACUCUGAAAAGAUUGUUCUGAUCAUAGGGGCAGUCGUGUACGCCAGUUACUGGGUCAUUCUAUUGAUGUUAUACACAGUGCUUAUCAAUAAGUGUGGGAAGAGGAAGAAGGAACCACUCUAUGAUAUGGUCCUGGAUGUAUGACUUGCAGACUACGGUCAUCAUUUACCACUGAACUUUCUUUUGACAUUGUUCUAUCUCACACUAUGUUGUUGUUAUUCAAAUGUUGUAAGAUGCAGAGCAGCUCUGGAGGCAAAUUGUUGAGUUCAACCAAAAUGGAGUUUCUGUCAAGCUUGAAUGGGAAAACAUUGAAAUGGCAGUGGCUGCUUUUUUUUGUCCAUUCAUGACCAUAACAAUUAUGAUCUUGGAAUGUCAGCAUGUCAGCUAAUUGGCUUACCUAGCUGUCUUUAGCUGAAAAAUUCAGCUACUGUAAGCUAACGUGCUAAUCUUGAUAACUCAGAAUGGCAAGAUAAAAAAUAUCUUGUGGUUAGCAGCGAGAGUGCUAGGCUUUGCAAUAUUAGCUACCUCUUACCCAUGUCGUUUUCACUGGUCUUCAGUAUGACAUUUACAACUGAACCAAAGAAACUGUGGAUUUUUAUCUACUACCAUUUGGGUUCAACUUGACCAGUAAAAUAUUCAACCUCCAGAGCAUCAUUGUAUCACCAAUAACUGUCUGUACAUCCUGACCAGGAACAAGUUAACAUAUCACUCCCACUAUGGAAGCCAAGAAACCACUGGUACAUUGCUUGAGUUUAUAUUAAAACUGUCAAAUGACGAAUGUUAUGGAUUAUGUCUGAAAUCCAAGUGGAGCUGAGGGAGGCUAUCACCAUCUACCAAAAAUGUAAUGCAGGCAAAUCAUUCUGGAUGGUGAGUGUGGAUCUCAUUGACACAUUUCCAUUUCAAAAGUCAAACAAAAAAUAUGAUUUCAAGAAAGUUUUUAGUACUGUGGAAAAUGCAACAGUGAUCCCUUCCAGUGUUUUAUGGCAGUUUUUUCAGUAGAGUAACAAUAUCAAAGAGUUAGGGCUUAGGGUGAGGCUUAUAAGGAAAGGGCUUUAAAAUGGAGAGCUGCUCUUUCUUUGUUGCAUCCAUGUCAUAUGGGAAAUAU